UAUACCCUAAACCCUUACUGCUUCACCCCUCUCCUUCCAUAAUGCAAUUCACUCUAACAAAACAACAAAUUCAUUUUGUCUGACCUAAAUCAGAGGGUGUCUGAGCCAUGAGUUUAUAACACACUGUGCUUAACUUGUGUUGUGGAGGAGGGCUGGGGUAUUAUUAUCUUUCAGCUACCCACCCUGCUAUAAAAACUAGUGGUGCAACAUCUCCACAUAGCAGUAAUGCUGCUCUGCUCUCCCUCCCUACUGUGAAUCUGACAAGCCUGCCUUCCCUGCCUGCCGUCUCUCAACUCCUCUGUUGCUCUGCUCACCAGCCUGUUUACGUCUGCCAGGGACACACACACCUCUCUCCGCUCCGGUCCGGUCUGGCGGUCCACUGUUAACCUCCUUUAGCUGCUACUUGUCUUUGUAUUUGGAAGUGUUGGAUAUUUCCUGGUUUUUGUGAAUGGGCGGCCGAUGCGAGGUGGCUGUGACUGUGAAUGGACUGACUGUGUCAGCUCUGGGUACACUAUUCUGAAGAGGCAAUGUGACAGGUCUCUGGACACCACUGGUAGACUCUGAAUUAUAAACAAACGGAAAGAAAGGAAUUAAGAAGAUCAGUGAGAGGAGAAGGAUGGGCCACAGUGAAGAUGACCUGAUUGGGAUUCCGUUCCCCAACCACAGCAGUGAUGUCCUGUGCUGCCUCAACGAACAGCGGCGCGCCGGGUUGCUCUGUGACGUGGUGCUCAUCGUACGCGACCAGGAGUACCAGACCCACCGCUCGGUCCUCGCCGCCUGCAGCCUGUACUUCAAGAAGCUCUUCACCGUGGCCUCGGACGGAAGGGACAAGCACAGUGUGUAUGAGAUAGACUUCGUGGCCCCGGAGUCACUGACGGCCAUCUUGGAGUUCGCCUACACAUCUACGCUAACGGUGACGGCGUCCAACGUGAAAGAAAUUCUUGGAGCGGCUCAGAUGUUGGAGAUCCCCUGCAUCGUCACCGUCUGUCUGGAGAUUAUGGACUCUGGCAAGGGAGGAGGAGGAGAGGGAGAUGAGGAGGAAGACGAAGAGGAGGAGGAACAGGAGGGGGAGGAGGAGGAGGAAGAGUCGAGGAAGGACGAGCAGGAGGUUCAUGAGGAGGACAACGCCAGUGAGUGGUCAACGAGGUCGUCAGAGAGUCAGGACCAGGCCGAGUCGGAGAGAGGAGCACCACCCAGUACCUCUCAGUACCAGCACCAGUAUGAGCUGCAGAGGAACAGGAAGUGCACAGACAAAGACUCUCAGUGUGAGAAACCCAGCCCGGAGCAUGAGCGCAUGGAGAGCCGAGCCCUCAAGGACUUUUCCAUUGAGUCUCUGCUACAGGAAGGGCUGUACCCUAAACUGCCAUCAGUCCUGGACAGGAGGGACAACUUUUCCCCUCUGCUCCCUGGCUUCUACCCUCCCAUGUGGGCUGCAGAGUUCCCAGGAUUCCCCCCGCAGGUCCUAGACCCCAGCCACCACGCCCAGACCCCGACCCUCCACCGUUCCUCCCACCCUUCUCAACUGGACAACCGACCCUUAGACCUGGCCGUGAAGAGAGAGGUCGUCAAGGAGGAGCUGAAGGAGGAAGUCCCUCCCAGCAUGCUCCACAGUGACUUCCUGAAAGACUUAAUGACCUCCGGCCUGGGAGUGGGGGUGGUACGGUCCGAGGGGCCUCACCUCCACCCGGGUCAGAUAAAGCAGGAGGAAGACUUCCGCUCAUACCUGAGCUUCCUGAGUGCAUCAAGCCACCUGGGGGCACUGUUCCCUCCCUGGCAGAUGGAGGAGGAGAGGAAGAUGAAGCCCAAAGCAUCCCAGCAGUGUCCCAUCUGUAACAAGGUGAUCCAGGGAGCAGGGAAACUACCCAGACACAUGAGGACUCACACAGGAGAGAAACCAUACAUGUGCACCAUCUGUGAGGUGCGCUUCACCAGGCAAGACAAGCUGAAGAUCCACAUGCGGAAGCACACAGGAGAGCGGCCCUACGUCUGCCUCCACUGCAACUCUAAGUUUGUCCACAACUACGACCUGAAGAACCACCUGCGUAUCCACACAGGGGUGCGGCCCUACCAGUGUGAGCACUGCUACAAGAGCUUCACACGCUCAGACCACCUGCACCGACACAUCAAGAGGCAGAGCUGCCGCGUCUCACGCCCUCGACGAGGCCGCAAGCCCGCCGCCUGGCGCUCAGCCAACAACUUCCUGCAGGGCCCUCCUGCCUCGGCCAAUCACCACGAGGAUGGCAAGGGCGGCUGCCGGCUUCUGCCCUCCUCCCAUAGAGGCGUUAGAGGUCACGGUCUGGGCCUAGGGGAGAGAGAGAGACAGGCCCUGGGUGGUAAGGGCCUGGGCUAUAAGGACUUGGACAGUGACAGCAGAGAGAGCCGGGAGGGCAGGGAGGCCAGAGAGGGCCGGGAGGCUAGAGAGGGCCGGGAGGGCCGGGAGGCUAGAGAGGUUCGGCAUCACCAGUCAGACAGGAAGCAUGUGGUUGACAAGGUGGAGCUGGAGAGACAGAGGGGCGUGUUCACCUUUGCCCUGGCGGGGCCUGGGGGGGAAGUCCUUACCCACCCUCCAUUUUACACCCCGACCCCUGACCCCUGGACCAUUAGACUGGAGAACCACGCCUCUCCCAUCCCUGAGCCGACUAACUGACACAGAUUAAAGAUGUUAGAACAGAGACAGUGCCGGCCAACUGACACCUGAACAGAGAGAGAGCCGGCCAACUGACACCUGAACAGAGAGAGAGCCGGCCAACUGACACCUGAACAGAGAGAGAGCCGGCCAACUGACACCUGAACAGAGAGAGAGCCGGCCAACUGACACCUGAACAGAGAGAGAGCCGGCCAACUGACACCUGAACAGAGAGAGAGCCGGCCAACUGACACUUCCAACAGAUAACUGAUGCUUCAUCUCAGACUUCUAAGAACAAUACAGAACAGAAAGUUCUCUGCCUGAUAGAUGUUCCACCUGCUGUUUAGAGAUACAAGGAUAUUAGGCUGAGGAGAUGAGAGUUUGAGGGGAGUGAUGUCUGGGAAUAUAAAUGUAUAGAAAACAGGGGAAUUACUGGAAAACAGUUGAUUUUAGACAUAUCAGAUCAAAAUCACAAGGAUUUUUAUAAAAACAUUUAAUUUGUAGAAAUAAAACUGGAUGAAUAGAUGUUGUAUGUUGCAAAAGUACACACACACAAAAUAAUACUCUCAGGACAUUAUAUAAUUGUUUAUCUUUGGAUUGUAAUUGUUUAUCUUUGGAUUCACUACAAUCAAUGUAAAUGUGUAAUUCAUAGUAUACUUAAUAUUAGCAAUAGGUUGUUUCUCAAAUUCACAGUCUACAAAAAAAUAAACCGAUAAUAUCAGCCGUUAUUUAUAAACGACAAACAGAUUCCAAAUCCAUCCAAAGUUGUAGACCAACAUCAGUUCUAAUGGGCAGGGUAGUGUAAGCCAACGAAGAACAUUCAAAACCAGGACAAAUUAUUCACUUGACUUAAAAACAAAUAUAUAUAAUAUAGAUCCAAAACUUGUUUUCACCCUUGUAUUGCCUUGUUCUCAGGUUUUGUAAAUAUCUACAAAAUGUUUUAAAGAUUUUGACCAUAGUAAUAUUGAAUAUUGUUGUAUUAUAUUUUUUUUUAUCAUCGAUAACCCAUCCAAAGGUGUGCCGUUUGAUAUUUCACACAUUUUUCACAAGCCUUGUGUUACAUAUGAUAUCUGUGUUUCUUCUAAAGACCAAGACGUGUACGAUUCGUUAGACUGAUAUACACUGAAUUAUUGCUUUAGCUAUGCCCUGCUCCCGAUUGGAGCGUUAAGACCUUGAAAGAGGAUUCUACCCUAUGUUCAUAUAGUGCUCUUAACUGAUCUAUGUACAAAUAUUGCUAUUCAGAAUUGUUUGAAUUGAAAUGAAAUGGGAAACUAUUUUCUUGCUAUUUAUGCAUAUUUAAAUGAGCCUUGGCUAUAUUUAGCAAAUAUGUUGUUUUAUAAAGACACUAAAU